AUGCCCCCGACCACUGGCAUUCAUAGCUCAAUCCGCAUCCGCUGUCGCGACUUCGUCUUCGUCACCUUCACAUUCCAAGACGACAAAGCUGCCAAGGAGGUGUUCGAGUUCAUCAAGGCCCGAACCUGCAAGCUUCCCUCCGUCGAGUCGCUCUUCGCGUUCCAUCAUAAGCCCUCCAAAGUCGAGAAGCACGUCAAUGGCUGGCACAUCUACGAUCCGAGAGCCGAGUUCCGUCGACAGGGUAUUAGCGAGAAGUCGGCGGACUUGGGAUGGAGAAUCAGCAACAUCAACAAGGACUAUACCUUUUGCGACACGUACCCUGCCGUUCUUGUGGUUCCCUCUUCCAUCUCCGAUAAUGUCCUCAAGUACGCCAAGGAUUACCGCUCUAGAAACCGCAUCCCGGCUCUUAGCUAUAUUCACAAGGUCAACAACUGCACCAUUACUCGCAGCGCCCAGCCCUUGUCGGGCAUCACCAGGAAGAACAAUGUUCAGGACGAGAAGCUUGUGUUGGCGUCGUUCGCGGAGCGUGUUCCCCGGACCAGCGUCGACUCCGAGCAGCCUCCCCAGUUGCCGGCUUCGGAGACCACCAGUCUUUCAGAGCUCGAGAAGUACGAGGAGAGCAUCAUCGAGGAUGCUGCGCCCAAGGUUUACGACGAGAAGACUGGCAAGAGGCUUGUUUAUGGAGCUCAGCAAGCCAACAUGAUUGUCGACGCCCGGCCCACUGUCAACGCUAUGGUCAACCAAGUCCAAGGAAUGGGAUCGGAGCCCAUGGACCGCUACCCUGGUGCCACAAAGGCCUUUAUGAACAUUGAGAACAUUCACGUCAUGAGAAACUCUUUGAACAAGGUUGUGGACUGCAUCAAAGACGCAGACGUCUCGCCCUUGCCGCCUGACCAGAACGCCCUCUUUGCAACUGGCUGGCUCAAGCACACCGCAGCAGUGCUCAACGGUGCUGAGAUUAUUGCUCGACAGAUCUGGUACAAGCACUCUCAUGUGUUGAUCCAUUGCUCUGAUGGUUGGGACCGCACAAGUCAGCUCAGCGCCCUUGCUCAGAUCCUCCUGGACCCGUACUUCCGAACCAUUGAGGGAUUCAUGGUUCUGGUGGAGAAGGAUUGGUUAUCUUUUGGCCACAUGUUCAGACUGCGGUCUGGCCCCUUGAACCAUGAGAGCUGGUUCAAUGUUCAGAGAGAUGGCAUGGCUGGUCAAACCGUCCAGCCUGGCGAGAAUGACGGCCGCGCAGACGCAUUCCAGAACGUCAUUGCCGGAGCGCGCCGGUUCUUCAACCAGAACAAGGAUGACCCCACGGAGCAGCUUGACGCUAUUGGCGAAGCAGCGACUGGUAAGGUUGCCAACGAUGAGGCCACCGUCCCUAAGAUGAUCAGCCCCGUGUUCCACCAAUUCUUGGACUGCGUCUACCAGCUUUUGCGGCAGAACCCAACCAAGUUUGAGUUUAAUGAGCGAUUUCUUCGCCGGCUGCUCUACCACCUCUACUCUUGCCAGUAUGGAACCUUCCUCUAUAACUCCGAGAAGCAGAGACGCGACGCCCGUGCUGCUGAGCGCACUCAGUCUGUCUGGGACUACUUCCUGGCUCGCAAGCAGGAGUUCAUCAAUAAGGAUUACGAUCCCACCAUUGACGAAUACGUCAAGGGUCGUGAUUCGAUCAUUAAGACAGACCUCAAGGAUAUUAUCUGGUGGCACCAGCUUUUCAACCGGUCUGACGAGGAGAUGAACUCGAACCUCCACGCCACAGCUGCGCAGGCUCAGAACAAGGCCUCGGCCAUGGCCAACUUCCAGCCGGCGACUGAAGAGUCCUACGCGAGCAGCCAUCCUGGCACACCUCCUGACGACACUCCCGGUUCCAAGCCACCCUCGCUGGCGGCUAGCCAGUCUGUUCUCGCUGCGGUGGAAUCAUCACACACCACUCUGACACCCGAGGAGCAAUGCCAGGGACGACGAUUGGAGCAGGGACAGGAGCGACACCUUCAACGGAGUGCCUCGGCUGAGAACCCGAAUGCCUUCUCGUCUAUUCGAGACGGCAUUGCGGACGGAAUCGCAAACCUCAAUAUUGGCCGCAACGUCACCGGCAUUCUCAACAACCUGGGUACCAACAAUCGCAAUGGCAGUCCAGCCUCAACCUCGAGGGUCCCGACUCGCGGCGAGCAAGAGCUACGGGAGAUGACUUAG